ACACAUAAGUGGAAAUCUAUGCGACGGCUUGGCCGACUUCAGCACUUCAGCACAGCGCGUGACAUUCGUUAGAUUAAGUAAACUGCGUUGGCAGCUCGUAGCUCAGGUGAAGUGGCAAGAAGCGCCCGAGCGUUUUUAAUGGAAAAUAUUGCAGUGGAAUCAGACCUCAUGGCCAGCAUUUUGGAGACAGCUCUGUGUAAUUCACAGCCGGACUGUGAUGAUGGCGAUCUUACAGAUAAAGGACAGGAAGAUGUCCUUUUUCUUGAGACUGAUUUGUCAACCAUGGAGCAUGGUUUGGAAAACAGGUCGAGUUCAACUGAGCAUAUCACAUCACAGACAGAUGACUGCUCCUAUUACAUCAAAUGGAUAGCUUACAUUGCCCUUGCUAUUCCAAGAGGGGAAGAAAUUGAUGUCCCUGCAGCUCCUGAAAAGGCCAAGAAAACCAAUAAAGACUCAUCUACAGUUUUGGCGAAAGCCUAUAAAGCUCAGAGCUGUUAUCAUAUUGAAUACAAGUUGUUUCCAGGUGAUACAGAGAUAAUUAAAGUGGAUCUAGUAGUGUUUGGGCCAGUAGCAAAAAUGUACAAAGAAGAAGAGUUCAAGAUUCUGAGAACAUGGGAUGAAGGAGAUCAGACAUGGGUUGGUUGGACCCAGAAUUUCAAUGUCAGAGUCAACAAGGACACAUUGAUCAGUCUACUUCCUCAUAAGAUCGGGCUGAAGAUAUGGAACAGUAAGGACAAACUGUCCAGCCAGGCCCGCUAUGAGAGACUGAAAGCCUUUAGAUUGCCACAGGAUCAACCUGAGGAUGCAACAGACAUGUGUGGUGGCAUCAAAACUAUGGUAAACAAACUGAGAGUCUCAUGUGAGAAGAAGUCAAACACAUCUAAAAAACACAAAUGUAGUAUGUCGUUUAAUUCUGAUUCAGAGGUGGGCUCAGAAACAGACAAGAACUUGGCUCUCCCAGUAAAAACUGAUGCAUAUUACCUUGAGGACAUAAAAAAGAAUGGCACCACAUCAGUUGAAAUCAGUCCCACCCGUUUGUUGGCAGGUGAGACCUCAGUGACUGAACGCUUCCCAGUCUGUUCAUCUGGUGUAUUUGAGGUCAUGUGCAACAUCUCCCUGGACAGACCUCUAGUAUCUGACCAAUUGAAAGCUGAACUCAAUCCACUGGUCAUCACAAUUUUGUCAGCCACCUCAAUGCCUUCAUCCCCAGUCCCUUUCAACAUCCUACAGGAAAAAUGCAUGCCAGUCUAUUGCCAGUACAAGUUCCAUAACUUGAGCAUGCACAGAACAAACUAUCACAAGCAUGGCACCAACAUCUACUUCAAUGAUGUAAAUGUGAUCCUGACUGGCUUGAUGAGUCCUCGAGAGCUCCAAGAGUUCCUCUCCAGUCGGCCUCUGCAGAUAGAAGUUCAUGAUCGUGACAGAAAGUUGGAAGAAACACCAAAAACUCCAACAGUGUUUUGCAUGGGGUCGGAUGAUGACAUGCUGAGCAAUGCAGCACUAUUCAAACAUAAAGUGAUGGUUUUUAACUCUUAUGGGAUUGCAAGCCUAAACCUGUCAGAGUUGCUAUUUGGGAAGAAAAGUCUAAUGAUGCACUUACCAAUCAAAUGCUGCCCCCCACCUCCAAAGCUGGGCAGGGAGAGAAGUGCAUGGAGGAAGAUGACAGACAGAGCAGCCAGCAGAGAUCCCAUGCCACAGGCCCAUUACUAUGAUGCCAAUUCUCAACUCAAAGUCAAAGUUGAGAUAGCUUUCCCACUGAAUGUUAAGAAUGACAGCUGGGAAUCGGAGUCCUAUGAUUGUCCAUUUGGGCGCAUCAUCUACCUCUUUGAUUACAACAACUUCUCUGUUAUGACCAAGCUUAGAUCAGAGAUCCUCAGAAUCAAUGCAUCAGCCUUCCGUCUCUGCUCACACUCACUGGAAAAUAUAGAGAGAGCUCUAUCAAAUUACAGAGGCCUAAUGAAUUUCAAGCAUGAUGAGAGCAAGGAUCUGGAUUUUGUUACAGGAUUCCAUGUGCUAGAUAAGAGGACACACAUCUUCGUUCUUGAAGGGCUGAAACACAAAGCAGUGAGGAGACUUUGGGAGGCUGUUCCUAUGAAGCUAAGUGGGAGUGAGGAAGAGCAGGUGAUCGUCCUCUACAAUUCAAACCUGGGUUUCUUCAAGCGCAUCUAUGACUCAUUAGAUGUGGGUUUGAGUCCUAUCCAUCUAUAUGAGUCACUACAGACCAUCAUGAGACAGCCCCUGGUCUACAUUAGAGGCAUGGUCCCCCAACCCUGCUUCCAGGCUUUGUCAAGGUUAAGCCAGCUGUGCCAAGUCAGGAAACUCAAAGAUGUGGUGCACUAUAACCUCUUCCCCUCAGCUGACAUGAUUAUCAGCAUGAGCAAGGUAUAUGGCACAUAUGCUGAGCAGUGGAAGCAAAAAGCCAGCGCAAACACUGAGAUGGACUUGACCACUCUGCCUGUCAGUGUGAAAAGACAUACACCGCUCGACACACACAACAGAGAAUAUGUCAGAUGGAAACACAACAGCCAGCAGAUGCCAUUCCAGCACGUCAGAGACUUUGUUCAGGAAAAUAUUCACAAGGUGCAAGAGGAAAGUGAGCAGUUGCAGAAGCCAGAGGUUGCUGUGUUAAGGAUGGAUCAGGCUGCAACCAGGCCAGCACACAACUACAGCAUCCAGACCUUCAACUCAAAUGAGCAAGCCAAGGAGCUACUCCACAAAGAGAUGGCUAAGGUGCCGGGGCGGAGGUUCACCUACAGUCAGCAGUACCAUAGUGCUACAGUGGAGCCUGGAUACAUGACUUCUAAAACUGACUCCAGCUCUGCUGCUCCCUCCACAGUUUGGUUCACAAGUUUGAGAAGUGACAAGUCCAAAUUGCACCCCAGACACCCAGAUGAGGCUCGUGUGGAGGAACUGAGGAAGCCAUGGAGAGAGAACAUCCUACAUGCCAACACCCUGAAGCCCACACUUUCACGGGACAUAUGGGUCUGGAGCCAGCGCUAUGAGGACUUUCAGCUCUACAGCAAACCUCCCUCUUUCUUCAGCACACUUCCUGUCACCAUUCACCUGGCUGGAGACUCUCUACAGCAGGAACAGCUUGAAGCAGCCAAAGCUCAGUACAGCCGCUGGCUGAAGAAACUGCUUCCCGGCAGCAGCAGCACCCAGCCAGACAACGGCACCGUCCCAGAGUUUAAGUGUCACAUGGGAGGAAACUCAGGGAUAAUUCAGGAUAUACUGAAAGAUCAGCCUCAGAAGUAUUCAUUGAGGAAACCAGGCCUGAUGCUGAAGCCUUUGCCUCAACUAUCUGUGAUGAACUUGCUUGAUAACAAAGCAGAGGCUCCGGCUUUGGGUCCAGGCCCCUGUAUGGACCGCAGCUUCAGCAGCAAAAACAACGCCAUCCCCAGACAUAUCUCCCUUUACAACAAGGACCACUAUUUUGGAUUCAGUAGGCAGCAUUCCUUCCUGUACAACUGACUGCCUUGCCUCUGACAGACAAGGAGAAGAAUAUCUUCGCUUUUCAAAAGUAUGCCCCUAAUAUGAAAACUGUACCUGA